AUGGCUUCAGCGGCUCCGAAGACUUCCACAGGCAUUGAGCACGCCGAGAAGGCGAGACAAGUCGCUGGCGGCAAACCCGACUGGACCCUCUACAAAUGCGAUGACUAUCUGAAAUUCGACAAGUACUCGUAUGCCCACGCUGAAAUCACCAUGAACAAGGCCCGUGUCCCACAACCGUCCUACAAGAAGGCCGAUGAGCUGCCAAAGGUCCGGGCCUGA